ACUUCCGCGACGCGUCAGGUGGAGAAAGCCAUAGCCAUGUGAAGGGCACCGGCUGCCCAGGGCGAACUGAACCCAUCCAAAUCUCUGCUCCCAGUCCCAGGAGGAAGGGGCGGACACAGAAAGAUCUCCCAGUCUGCGGGAACCACCGGGCACGGUACGGUUCCGCGCUAGCCCGGGGCACGGGGAUCCUCGCGGCCCGUCCGCGCCAUCCGCCGAGCUAUCCAUCCUGCGGGAGGGGUGGGUCUUGAUUCAGCCAGGUGAUUGUUCAAGAACAUCAACGAAGCGACGGGACAGUAAAUCAGUCAGAUUUCUUAUACUCCCACUGCAUAAUCUACUUGUUGUGGUGGAAAUCCACAACGUGGUUACCUAGUUGAUGACGUUCUUUCUUCAGAGGAUGCCAGAUGUAUGAACCAAAGCCAUUUUCGAGCACUGGAUCAGCGCACAGCAAUCCGGUUUCUCACGAUCAACAAAUCGGACCAACUGCCAACAAUGCAGCAUCUAAUAUUGGUGGGAAUGGCUCAAACAACAGCUUUGCCACCAGACAGCGUUUACGGUGGACAGAUGAGCUUCAUGGACGUUUUCUUGAGGCUGUAGCACAGCUUGGUGGACCCGACAGGGCUACUCCUAAGGGAAUUCUUAGAACAAUGGGUGUUCAAGGGUUGACCAUUUAUCAUGUCAAAAGUCAUCUCCAGAAAUAUCGGCUUGCAAAACAUAUCCCAGACCCCACAGCUAGCGGUGACAAGCCAGAGAAGAAAGAUCUAGGAAAUCUGCUUGCAGGAAUGGAAAGCUCCCCGGGAAUGGAGACAAGCGAGGUUCUAAAGUUGCAGGUGGAGGUACAGAAGCGGCUAUGUGAACAAUUAGAGGUACAAAGGCAGCUACAGCUCAGAAUAGAAGCCCAAGGCAAGUAUCUCCAGAAGAUCAUGGAGGAGCAGCAGCGCCUGAGCGGUGUGCUGUGCGAAUCAGGUAAACCGAACGCGCUCGCCCUGGCUGAGGAGGAGCUCCACCAUGAUUUCAGCAAGACUGAGCCAUCGACCCCAGUGUUGACCUCGGAGCCCUCAUUCCGGGACAAGGCCGUUACUGCAAGUGGUGAUCUGGAAGGAACAGACGAGCUGCUCAAGGUUCUUUCUUCACAUGAUGACUGCCUCUCCUUGGACCAUGAGCUUUCGACCCCGGAUUCCAGUUGUGUUGCCGGUUACCUCCUAAACAGCCCCAGAGAUAGCAAGAGAGCUUGCAUCAGCAACAGCCUUGGCCACGGAAACAGCGAGUUCACACUUCCUCACAUCAUUCCGGAGUCGAGCUCGGGUUCCGAUUUGCAACUGAGAAGCUCGGUGUUCUCAUCCGGCACAGGGCGAUCUGGUUCAUCGGCGGCUCUGGAUGCCAGUGAAGAUGGUUUUACCAAUGGCUCAGGCAGUGAUGUUUGAUUAGGAUUCACUAGUUGUAUCCAUCAGUCAGUAGAGUUAUUGGUCUUAGAAGAGAGUUGAUGAUGUGGACCAUGUCUUCGAUGUGUGUUGUAUUGCAUCACUUGUGUUUAUUCAGUCAGAGGUUCCAUAAUAUUCUAACAGAUUGUAAUGUAACGAUCUAGAGCUUCAUCACGGUGAAAUUGCUGUUAUUGGGCUUCA